AUGCAUGAAUCACCGUUGACACCAUCUAAUUCAGUGCGACCUACGAUUUGUGCAGGUUGUUCACUACCAAUCGAUGAACAAUUUUUAUUAUGUGUAAUGGGAACAUGUUGGCAUGAACGUUGUCUUGUUUGUGUUGAAUGUCAAGAACCAUUGGUAGCCACAUGUUAUCACAAAGAAGGAAAAAUCUAUUGUAAAAGAGAUUACUUCGAAAUUUUCGGUAUGCGAUGUUCAAGAUGUAAAGCAAUUCUUCAACCGGAUGAAAUAAUUAUGAAAACAUCGGGUCAAGUGUUUCAUUUACAAUGCUUCAGAUGUUCUCUAUGUGAUGAUCAUUUGCAUAAAGGUGAUCCUUAUAUGUAUCGUGAUGGUUUACUUCUUUGUCAUGCCGACUUUCAACAUCAUCAACAACCACAACAACAAAUUAUUUCAUCACAUCAUCAACAACCUACAAUUCGAUGUAAUCGAAGUGAUGAAGAAGAUAGUUAUGAAGAUGAUUGUUGUUCAUCUGAUGCUGUUGCAAUAAGUAAUGGUGUACACCAAUCUGGACAUAAUCAUCUACGAAAUGGUCGUGGACCUAAACGACCACGAACUAUUUUAACAUCAGUACAACGACGUAAAUUUAAACAAGCAUUUGAUGUUAGUUCAAAACCAUGUCGAAAAGUUCGAGAAGGUCUUGCAAGUGAAACUGGCCUAUCAGUUCGUGUAGUUCAAGUAUGGUUUCAAAAUGAACGAGCAAAAAUGAAAAAAUUACAACGUCGUCAACAACAGAAUAAUACGAAUGAAAUUAAUGAAAAAAAAUCGAAGAAAAAAGUAGCUAACGAUGGUCUAUUAAAUCAUUAUAUGUUUGAUGAAGAAGGAGAAAAUAUUGAAAAUAGUCGAUGUUCAUCAGAAGAAUCAAUACCACAUAGUAUUUCAAAUGAUUUCGGAUCAUCAAAUGAUGAAAAUAAUAAACAUGAAGCAGCUGAUGGUCGACAUCGUCAUUUAAUCAAUGAAAAUUGUUAUCCAUCACAUGAAAAUAGUGAUGGUGAUAUUAAUGAAGACACAAUAAAUCGUAGUCAAAAUCCAAUUGACAAAUUAUAUUCAAUGGCACAAAAUGCUUAUUAUUGUUCAGCGUGUUAA